ACCAAAACACCAAAGGCCAAAGUCCUGAUAGUGCAAACUGACUCGCUCAUUAUCUAUCACAGAGGCGCCCCUCUGCCCCUCCUCCUCCCCUGGAAGCCUGUCUGCGGUGGAAGAGGAAGACCCUGAGCAGCCCUCUCUGAAGGAGUCACCACUGCUUUUGUGCGAACAGAUGUCAGCCUGGGAAGCCUGACCAGAGCCAAAUCAAGUUGCUGCUGCCAGCUCUCGCGAGCUUUGUCAGGAAGAGUUGACUGAAAUGUCAGAGCCCUGCAAUUCACAGGCGGGGCGGCCGCUGCAUCCCGCGUUUCCCUGAAGCGUUACAAGAUUGCCACUUUGCAAACUCCCUCUUCCUUUUCUGCAGCGAUUCGGAAAUCAAUCUGCAGACUCAGCAUACCAUGGUCACAGAAAUUCACUUCCUCCUAUGGAUUCUUCUGCUGUGCAUGCUUUUUGGGAAGUCACACACUGAAGAAGACGUCAUAAUUACAACCAAGACUGGAAGAGUCCGAGGGCUGAGCAUGCCCAUUCUAGGUGGCACAGUGACUGCCUUUCUCGGUAUCCCCUAUGCACAGCCUCCUCUGGGGAGCCUAAGAUUCAAAAAGCCACAACCUUUAAACAAAUGGCCUGACGUCUAUAAUGCCACUAAAUAUGCAAAUUCUUGUUAUCAGAAUAUAGAUCAAGCCUUCCCAGGCUUCCAGGGGUCAGAAAUGUGGAAUCCAAACACGAACCUCAGUGAAGACUGCUUGUAUCUGAAUGUUUGGAUUCCAGUACCUAAGCCCAAGAAUGCGACUGUCAUGGUGUGGGUCUAUGGUGGUGGCUUUCAAACUGGGACCUCCUCUCUACCCGUUUAUGAUGGGAAAUUUCUCACUCGUGUUGAAAGAGUUAUUGUAGUUUCAAUGAACUAUAGGGUAGGUGCCCUAGGAUUCCUAGCUUUUCCAGGAAAUUCUGAGGCUCCAGGAAACAUGGGUUUAUUUGAUCAACAGUUGGCACUUCAGUGGAUCCAAAGAAAUAUAGCUGCUUUCGGAGGGAAUCCUAAAAGUGUAACACUUUUUGGAGAAAGUGCAGGGGCGGCUUCAGUUAGCUUACAUUUGCUAUGUCCCCAAAGUUACCCUUUGUUUACUAGAGCCAUUCUAGAAAGUGGCUCCUCUAAUGCCCCCUGGGCAGUAAAGCAUCCAGAGGAAGCCAGAAACAGAACCUUAACCUUAGCUAAAUUUAUUGGUUGCUCAAAGGAGAAUGAGAAGGAGAUAAUUACAUGCCUUCGAAGUAAAGAUCCUCAGGAAAUUCUUCUGAAUGAAAAGUUAGUUCUCCCCUCUGAUUCCAUCAGAUCGGUUAAUUUCGGUCCAACAGUGGAUGGCGAUUUUCUCACUGAUAUGCCCCACACACUACUCCAACUUGGAAAAGUGAAAACAGCUCAGAUCUUAGUGGGCGUUAACAAAGAUGAAGGGACAGCUUUCCUAGUGUAUGGUGUUCCUGGUUUCAGCAAAGACAAUGAUAGUCUUAUCACACGGAGGGAAUUUCAAGAAGGUAUAAAUAUGUAUUUCCCUGGAGUGAGCAGCUUGGGAAAGGAAGCAAUCCUUUUCUACUAUGUGGACUGGUUAGGUGACCAGACACCGGAAGUCUACCGUGAAGCUUUGGAUGAUAUUAUUGGAGAUUACAACAUCAUAUGCCCUGCACUGGAGUUUACCAAGAAAUUUGCAGAACUAGAAAUUAAUGCCUUUUUCUACUAUUUUGAACACCGAUCUUCCAAACUACCUUGGCCAGAAUGGAUGGGAGUAAUGCAUGGCUAUGAAAUUGAAUUUGUGUUUGGCUUACCCCUGGAAAGAAGAGUUAAUUACACAAGAGCUGAAGAAAUCUUUAGUCGAUCCAUAAUGAAAACUUGGGCAAAUUUUGCAAAAUAUGGACAUCCCAAUGGGACUCAGGGCAAUAGCACAGUGUGGCCUGUCUUCACAAGUAAUGAACAAAAAUACCUAACCUUGAACACAGAGAAGUCAAAAAUACACUCUAAACUCCGGGCUCCCCAGUGCCAAUUCUGGAGACUAUUUUUUCCAAAAGUCUUGGAAAUGACAGGAGAUAUUGAUGAAAGAGAGCAAGAGUGGAAGGCAGGAUUCCAUCGCUGGAGCAAUUACAUGAUGGACUGGAAAAAUCAAUUUAACGAUUACACUAGCAAGAAAGAGACUUGUACAGAUCUCUAAUUAAUAGAUUUACCCUUUAUAAAAUGUUCAUUUUCCUGUAGAUGAAGACAAAAAUACCAGUCGCUCUCACCAUAUAUACCAAGAAUGCUAUUAUACAGCAUAGAAGAAAUGCCAGAAGUAUAUCGAUUCCUUACACCUUUCACUUAGUAUUUUACCUAAUGUCUCAGAACUGAGUCAUUGAAAGUGGUUUUUAUUAAUUUUCACAGUAUAAACAUUGAGAAUUAAUUAUGUGCUGCUUUGAUCUUACUUUUCUGAAUAACAUUACAGCUCUUGCCUCAAAGUUA